AGCCUUCCACAAUCCCAACAACUACUGCAGAAAUAUCUACCAAUAAUGCAGCAGAAAUGUCUACAAGAACUACAGCCGAAACAUCUACCACUAGUGCAGCAGAAACAUCUACAGCAAUAGAGACUUCGACAAUUACAACAACCCCAGUUGAAACAUCCACCAUUAUCACUGCAGAGAAAUCUACAACAACAGAUCCCUCCACAACCACAACAACUCCUGUUGAAACAUCCACUUCCAUUGCAGCAGAAACAUCUGCAACUACAGACACUUCCACGAUCACAACAACUCCUGCUGUAACAUCCACCACUAGUAAAGCAGAAACAUCUACAAGAACAGAUACUUCCACAAUUACGUCAAAUCCUGGUGAAACAUCCACUAAUAGUGUAGGAGAAACAUCUAUGACAACAGAUAUUUCCACAUUCACACCAACUCUUGCUGAAAGAUCCUCCACUAUUGUGGCAGAAACAUCAACAACAACAGAGACUUCCAUGAACACAACACCUGCAACUGAAACACCCACUAUUACUGCAGCAGAAACAUCUACAUCAACAUAUAUAUCCACAAUCCCAAUAAUUCCUGCUGAAACAUCCACUAUCAAUGUAGAAGAAACAUCUACAACAACGGAGACUUCCACAAUAGCAACUCCUGUUGAAACUUCCACCACUAGUGUUGCAGAAAUAUCUUCAACAAUAGAGACUUCCUCACUCACAACAACUGAGGCGGAAACAUCAAUUACUACUGCUUCAGAAACAUCUACAACGACAAAGACUUCCACGUUCACAACUACUGCGGAAAUAUCCACUACUAGUGUAGCAGAAUCAUCUACAACAGAGGAGCCAGUAAAUGAAGUGAAAAUUAAGCUGGAAUUCCACUCUAAAGAUGCUUUCAUAGAUGACCUCAAUGAUCGACAGUCUCCUGCUUUCAUAAACAGGGCUAGGCUUGUUGAGGAUAUCCUUACACUUAAUUUGAAGAAGUUCCAUUCCUUCCUUAGAGUCACUGUGCUACUAUUCAGUGUUGCAGAAAUAUCUUCAACAAUAGAGACUUCCUCACUCACAACAACUGAGGCGGAAACAUCAAUUACUACUGCUUCAGAAACAUCUACAACGACAAAGACUUCCACGUUCACAACUACUGCGGAAAUAUCCACUACUAGUGUAGCAGAAUCAUCUACAACAGAGGAGCCAGUAAAUGAAGUGAAAAUUAAGCUGGAAUUCCGCUCUAAAGAUGCUUUCAUAGAUGACCUCAAUGAUCGACAGUCUCCUGCUUUCAUAAACAGGGCUAGGCUUGUUGAGGAUAUCCUUACACUUAAUUUGAAGAAGUUCCAUUCCUUCCUUAGAGUCACUGUGCUACUAUUCAGCAAGGGAUCAGUCAUCACCACAUCAGAACUUGCUUUCAACUCUAUUCAGACUGUGCCAUCAGAACUCCAAAUUGCAGAAGAAUUACUGAGUGACGAGACAACUCUCAAUGCCCUGGGCAUAACUUCAAUUUCAGUUAAUAAUACAGAAUACCUAUCAACGACAACAACUCCUGCUACAACAUCUAAAGCAACAACAGAGCUGUCCACAAUCACAACUACUGCAACUGAAACAUCCACUACUAGCGCAGAAGAAACAUCUACAACAGCAGACACUUCCUCAAUCACAAUAACUCCUGCUGAAACUCCAGCUGAAACAUCCACCACUGGUGUAGCAGAAACAUAUACAAAAACAGAGACUUCCACAAUCACAACAACUCCUGCUGAAACAUCCACUUCCAUUGCAGCAGAAACAUCUACAACUACAGACACUUCCACGAUCACAACAAUUCCUACAGAAACAUCCACCACUAGUGUGGCAGAAACAUCUCCAGCAAUAGAGACUUUGACAAUUACAACAACUCCAUUUGAGCCUUCCACAAUCCCAACAACUACUGCAGAAAUAUCUACCAAUAAUGCAGCAGAAAUGUCUACAAGAACUACAGCCGAAACAUCUACCACUAGUGCAGCAGAAACAUCUACAGCAAUAGAGACUUCGACAAUUACAACAACCCCAGUUGAAACAUCCACCAUUAUCACUGCAGAGAAAUCUACAACAACAGAUCCCUCCACAACCACAACAACUCCUGUUGAAACAUCCACUUCCAUUGCAGCAGAAACAUCUGCAACUACAGACACUUCCACGAUCACAACAACUCCUGCUGUAACAUCCACCACUAGUAAAGCAGAAACAUCUACAAGAACAGAUACUUCCACAAUUACGUCAAAUCCUGGUGAAACAUCCACUAAUAGUGUAGGAGAAACAUCUAUGACAACAGAUAUUUCCACAUUCACACCAACUCUUGCUGAAAGAUCCUCCACUAUUGUGGCAGAAACAUCAACAACAACAGAGACUUCCAUGAACACAACACCUGCAACUGAAACACCCACUAUUACUGCAGCAGAAACAUCUACAUCAACAUAUAUAUCCACAAUCCCAAUAAUUCCUGCUGAAACAUCCACUAUCAAUGUAGAAGAAACAUCUACAACAACGGAGACUUCCACAAUAGCAACUCCUGUUGAAACUUCCACCACUAGUGUUGCAGAAAUAUCUUCAACAAUAGAGACUUCCUCACUCACAACAACUGAGGCGGAAACAUCAAUUACUACUGCUUCAGAAACAUCUACAACGACAAAGACUUCCACGUUCACAACUACUGCGGAAAUAUCCACUACUAGUGUAGCAGAAUCAUCUACAACAGAGGAGCCAGUAAAUGAAGUGAAAAUUAAGCUGGAAUUCCACUCU